AGGCGGGAUCCGCGCCCGCGCGGCAGUUCAGCAGCGAUUGGAACUCGAACCUGCCGCCGCCGCCGCCGUGGGCCGGGCUGCCUGGGACGCUGCUUCCGCCCGAGGAGCCCAGCGGCCGCCCCUCGAUGGUCCUCCGGGGGCUCGGCAUCACGGCGGGCGGCCGGUCCCGGGGACCCGGCCAGACCGGAGACAGGCUUCCCGGCCCGUCAGCCUCUUCCGCUUCCGCACUGCCAUCCCGGAGGGCGGGCCGAGGAGCCGCAGAGCACGAUUGUGACACCUGGCGGAGACGUGGGAGGGAACCGGGAGAGCCAGCUUGAGCAGAGAUUUCUUGCCCGGGAGUGUUCCUGCCGGACAAGGAAGUUGUGUACCUUGGAGUCUACCUUCUGAAUCAGUACCUGGAGACAGACUGCUUUCCCUCUGUGUUCCCUAUUGUGAUUCAACAGAGCAUGAGAUUUGAGAAGGUAUUUGAAGAGGCAAUAGAUCCUGGAGCUGUCGCAGAACUUUUAGAAAGCUUCCUAACCAGGUUUGAAUUAGUACAGCUAGUGUCUCCAGCAUGGGAAGAGUUGGCCUACUAUGAAGAAAACACCCGAGACUUCCUAUUCCCUGAGCCCAAGCUGACAUCCUCACACCUUGGCAUGCAGAGGGAGGUGCUCAUGAAGACGGCUAUUUGGUUUCCAGGCAUUGCUCCCAAACUAGAGUUUUCUACAAGGACAGCCAUCCUAGAAUGUGUGUUCCCGAGUAAAAACAGAUUUUUUUCUGAAGAAAGAUGUAAAUUGCAAAGAUCUUUCUCAAAAUCGUAUGAACAAAGAGUCCAGGCAAAUAACAGGAAAAAGAAGCCAAAGGAGAAAAAUUCUGACCAACUCCCCAAAGGCACACAGUCCCGGGGACCCUCCCCUCAGCGUCUCCAUCUCCAUCGGCCGACUCAACGGAACCAUGGAAAAAGUUUCAAGUUCCCGGGAGAAAGGAAGCCUCCAUUUGUGGUUAGACAUGUGGACAGUGGAAACCCCUUUGGUGAAAAUAAUUUGGAGCACCGUUCACAGAAGUCCAGAAGAAAACCUAAAUUUAUAAACUUUGAUCUUUCAAAGAGAAGAGCAUCUUCUCUUGACAGUCUGGAGGCAAACAUAAAGGUUAUCAGAGAGCCAGACGAGCGGAUUGUCUUAAAGAGUCAGCCACCACCACCUUUAGAUUCAAGUGAGUCCAGAAAGCCCAUGCUCAGUCACCAAGGGGAUGUCGAGUUCCACCCCGAAACUUCAGUUACCACCUCCCAGAUCUCCAGACCUUCUAGUCAUCUGGAUCAGCCUCUUCUCCAAGAAAGGUUCCAGCCUUGUUCUCAGUCCGUGUGGCAGAAGUUCCACGAGAGGAUACACAGCCUUCUGACAUCCCACAGAGCCCACCUAAAGGAAGACUUUAUCUCUGAAACAAAUUCUAUCCAUGAAAGACCAAGCUACCCUCUGAAGAAACACUUACUGUGUGAGGAGAGAUAUUUUUAACUACUAUCUCAUGGGAACAUGAAUGAAGGAGGAGGAAGAGUUCACUCUUGGAGACGCUGACAGGAGAACAGCGUCUGCUGUUGUCUGGGUUGACUUACUGGUGCCUAGCCCUUGUUAAUUCAAACCUUAUACUCGGUCUUUUGUGCCCAAGGUAAGAAUUGUUGAUUAAAUUCUGUCUGGGGCUUUCAUUCGCUUGUCACCUGGAGAGUUUGUGUCUUCCGUUGUGUUUAUUUUGAGCAUGAAAAAUAGAAAAAAAUAAUAGAAGUAUAUCAGGGGCUUUUCCAUUUGCAAAUCAUUUUUAAAAAUUGUAACAAACACAUUAAAAAUAAAAAAAAAUGUAACAAAAAUGUCUUAUGUGAGACAGGGAGUUGAUUAUUUUGGGAGAUAACCUGAUAAGUCAGCUGGGGAAAGGGCCAUCAACUUGGCUUUCUCUUUUUGAUAAAUCUGAUCUUGUGUUUAACUUUUUAUGUUAAGCUCAAACGGCAUCAAGUCCCUUAUUAAAUCCCAAGAAAACGAGUAUUAACAUCCGAAAAGUUCAGAUCUCAUUUUAACGCUUAAUUUUCUAAGAUAAAUUCUCAGGAGGGAUUAAUUUCUGUAGUUUAAACCAUUUCCUCUCCCUAUCUCCCCUUGAUAAAUUCUUAAUAAAUAUA